GGUGGUGGGCUUCGUGGAUGUUGGCGGCAGCCGUGCAAGGGAAAAGCUCUGAGAACGCUGGAGGCACGGUCGGGCGCUCAUUGAGGAGGGCAGCGUGGUCAGGUCCUUUCUCCUCCUUGUGAUGAGUGGAUGGAGUCGCGCUGAUUAUCCCGGAAUCCAUUGCAGGGGGUGGCGGCGGCGGCGUGGAAACCCGGGCCUGCUGAUACAAGCGGUGGCCGCCGCCCCCAGGCAGGAAGAGUUCCUCCUUAGCUCCCCUCAGAGUGAAGACAGUCCAAGUCCCAAGAGACAGCGCCUUUCACACUCAGUCUUUGACUACACAGCAUCAGCACCAGUUCCAUCACCGCCAAUGCGACCAUGGGAGAUGACAUCAAAUAGACAGCUUCCUUUAGCUCGAUCAAGCCAACAUCACUUCUCAGGGGAACGAUGCAACACACCUGCACGCAACAGGAGGAGCCCUCCCGUUAGACGCCAGAGAACAAGAAGAGAUCGAUUGUCUCGACACAGUUCCGUUAGCCAAGAUGAAAACUACCGUCUUCCGUAUGGACACCAACAAGCAAUAGAAGAACCCAGAGCCUUUCACCCACCGAAUGUAUCUCCCCGUAUGUUGCACCCGGCUGCUCAUCCAUCACAGCAGAAUGCAGUGAUGGUUGACAUUCAUGAGCAGAUCCACCAGGGCCCAGUCCCUGUUUCGUACACAGUGACCACAGUGGCGCCCCAUGGGAUCCCACUUUGCACAGGUCAGCACAUACCAACUUGCAACACGCAGCAGGUCCCAGGGUGUUCUGUGGUUUUCAGUGGGCAGCAUCCCCCCAUCUGCAGUGUGCCUGCCCCAAUGCUUCAGGCAUGUUCCGUUCAACACUUACCAGUUCAAUAUGCAGCUUUCCCACCCCUUCUUUCUAGUGACCCAUUUCUUUUGCAUCCUCCGCACCUUUCUCCACAUCACGCUCCGCACAUACCACCUCCAGGCCAAUUUCUUCCCUUUCAAACGCAGCAGACACGGUCGCCUCUUCAAAGGAUAGAAAAUGAAGUAGAGUUGCUUGGAGACCAUCUUCCUGUAGGAGGUUUUACUUAUCCACCUUCAGCCCAUCCGCCGACAUUGCCUCCCUCAGCCCCUCUUCAGUUCUUAGCGCACGACCCUUUACACCAAGAGGUGUCCUUCGGAGUACCUUAUCCACCAUUUAUGCCUCGAAGACUCACAGGACGUAGCAGAUUUCGAUCCCAACAGCCAAUCCCGCCUCCUCCAUACCAUCCCAGCCUAUUACCAUAUGUGCUAUCAAUGCUUCCAAUGCCCCCCACGGUUGGCCCUGCCUUCAGUUUUGAGCUGGAUGUAGAAGAUGGUGAAGUAGAAAACUAUGAGGCACUUCUGAACUUGGCAGAAAGACUGGGAGAGGCCAAACCAAGAGGUCUGACAAAAGCAGAUAUUGAGCAACUUCCAUCUUAUAGGUUCAACCCAAACAACCAUCAGUCAGAACAGACUUUGUGUGUAGUAUGCAUGAGUGACUUUGAGUCAAGGCAACUACUUAGAGUUUUACCAUGUAACCACGAGUUCCAUGCCAAGUGUGUCGAUAAAUGGCUUAAGGCAAAUCGUACCUGCCCUAUUUGCAGAGCUGAUGCUUCAGAAGUGCAUCGUGAUUCAGAAUGACCAGUCUAAGAGCACAAUUAUACUUUGGGUGUUCCUAGUCACGUUUGUGUGUGUGUGUAUAUAUAUACUACAUAUAUAUAUGAUCUCUGCAUUGAACUUAACCUGUGUGGCUUCCGGCCUUCCCUUUUACACAAAAGGGUCAAUGGACCUUCCUUUGCACUGUGUGUGAUUUAAUCAACUAUAAAGCUUAUCAUUAGUCUUCACAAUUAUGGGAUUGUUAUACUAACUGUGUGAUUGGAACUCCAGCUUAAUUUCGUGUGUGCACUAACAUUCCCUGGUUUUUGUGUGAUCAUUCCGAGUGUUGCUGCGAGAUUACAGUGGAACGUGAUCUUCUAGCAUGUGCUUUUAUAUUAAAAAAAAUGGUAGUUCCAGACAAUAUAGCAAUCUACCUUAUAUAGAGCCUUCAAAUACUGUGAGUGGGAAUAAAUGGUGUGGGUGGUUGCGUUGAUCGCAGGGUGUCUGUGUGUCUGCGGAUGAGCAAGUGUUUGGACAAGUGUGUGAGAGGACUUAUAUACCAGCAUGUACUGAGGAUGUAUGUGUGUAGUAUUAAUAAUGCUGCAAUGUAUAAUCUUGUGUAUUAUUUAAACAGUACUAGUACUGUACACUGGUUUCUUUCUUGCACACUGAAUGCUAAGGAUGCAGCAUUUGGGAUUUCAUCCCCCUCCCUAUGUAUUUAAUAGUUUAAAAGGCUUUUUUGCUUUUAUUCAGACAAUUAUUAUGCUUCCCAUUAAUUGGAGAUAUUAUGUCUGUCAUAAGAGCAUAUUGAUUCCCCAGUUACUAUAAAUAAUUAGCCUUAUUUUUAGGCCAUUGUCUUCAACUGGUGGGUCAGGAACCACUACUGGGUUGCAGCCAGACCUAAGGAACAGCACCAACUCCACCAUGUAAAUAGAUAGUAAGAAAGUAAGAAGUGGGUCCCCAAAUGUACGUUUGGACUAAAGGUUGAUCCCAGGUCUGAAGACUACUGUUUUAGGCUGCAGAAGUUGCAGCAUUGCACAGUCAGGUAGCAAUAUUAAAAAAAACCUCAACUCGUGAUUGAAAGUUGACGUCCUCUCUGCCUUUUUAAACCUUUCCAGCCAAUAUUGGUUCUUUUCUGUCGAACAUUGAAACUGGAUUUUUAUGUGAAAUGAUAAAGAUUCCACACCCCAUUUUCAUCUUGUGCAAAUGCUUCUUGUAUUUUUGGCAAAAUAGCUCUUAAAUACACAAUUUAGCUUACGAACACUGGCACUAACACUGCUUGCCAUACACAAGCAAACAAGUUCAAUUAAUUUUAAAGAGAGAGAAUCUUUCCUUUCCUUUUUUAAAAGCAUUCAACUUAUGAGCAAAAUCCAAUUUUUAGCACUUUUCUUAGAGGUAGAAUAUGUGAGUUUCCCCCACCCAGCUAUGGUUCCAUGUUAAUACUUUACUACCCGGCAAAAAUGUUACAAGAUCCAAUUCAGGUUGCUGUACUUCGUAGCAAGCUUUUGUGUGAUGUCAAGGCACCCUCAGUGUCAUAGGGGUAAUAUGAAGAAUAUUCAUAUUCAAGAAUGGACAAGUCAAUGAAAAAAUAAUACGUGCUAUGAGUCUGGAGUUGUUCUUCUUUCAAUUGCCUUCUGGAAAAAAAAUGGCAUCACUUAACAUUUUAGACUCGGAGUUUUUAAAAACAACAACCAAUACACUACUAUCUAGAAAUGGCUACCAAAGUUCUCCAAAAGAUGCACAUUUGUUUGUGAACUCUUCCAUUUCUCUCUCCCAUGUUUUAAACACCUUAACCUUUGGUUGCAACAGCACAAAAACUGCAGCUAGCAAUAUUGCUGCUGCCAGUUGGCUUUGAGUUUCUCUCUGUGUCCUUUCUGGUGCUUUCGUAUGCUGCUAUAUGUUAAGUCUGUUUCUUCCUCCAUAAAAGUGUUGUUUGUGAAUCAUCCUUCCUUCUGAAGGCUCUGCUUGACCAAUCACAGCUUAUGAUUCUACAAAAUUAAAAAGCACAAUUCUCAUUCACUCCGCCCUGUUUCAGAUACUGUAUGCCUCUGUAUAGUAUCUCGACGCCUUAGACUGACCAUAGUGUCAAGAACUUAAUGCUCAUGACGCAGUUUUACAUACUGUGUGACAGAUUUACAAGUCUUACAACUUUUCCCUCAAUGUACUCUUAAGAAAUUGUCUCAACAUGUCCAAAAAAAGAAAAAAGGUUAAAUUGCACAUAGUAAACGUUUAUUUUUUUACGCUAACAAAACCAUGGGCUGGGAGGUGCGGUGGAAAGCCACACCUGUUUUGCAGUACUUUGGGUCUUUUUUAUAUUGCUGGACAAAAAGUUUUUUACCUGUACAAAUCCAAUCAUAACACUACCACACUCAGAGUCCACUGUCAAAGCAUAGAAACAAAGCACUUCCUUUCUCUAAAAGAGUGACAAGGCACAUAUUACCCAAUUCCAGACAUGUCUCGUUCGCCCUGAAUCACGAUCCUAUUGCAGUGCGGUAUCUGUCCUUUAUUUCCCCAGUUUAGUUGAGUAAGGCUGAUGAUGUACGGAUAGGGCUGCAGUAGGGAUGACCAAGUUGUUUUUUGCACUCUUGUGGCUGAUCUACUCUUUGAAUGGCUUUUGUUUGUGUGGGACUCUUGCAAAUGUGUACAGAUUUGCUUCCUGUUGUUAAGUGUGUAUGCGGCCACAUGUGCAUGAGUUCUGAACCAGCUCAGGCUACUUGCGGUGGAAUUCUUAAUCCAUUGUUGCUGGCAGAAGCGAAGGGGAUUCAUACUUCGCCAUGAACUGCCAUGUGUUAUGCACAUUUGUGCAUCUAAUUCCACAGCCCUCAUUGGUGCUUGACCGCACCAAAUUACACUGGGUAGCCUUUUCCCUCUUCCUUAUCCCUACCUCUCCCACUAAAGGAAAAAAAGUUGGCUUUAUCAUGUUGGCACUGCUGGGGUUUUAUUUGCAUGUAUUGUCAACUUCAUUUGACCUUUCCUGGCCUUUUUCUUUAAUGGGUAUAAAGGCCUUAUGGAUGUCUCUAAGGUCUUACUUCGUAGCUUUCUUUACAAAUUAUUUUGUGCAAAGUAAUUUCUUUUGUAUAGUGUUUUUGUACAGUCUCCAGAAUGUGAUAUUUGUUGCAGCAGUUAACAUUUCCAUUUCUUGUAUUAUCUGAGAUUUACUAACUCUUAUUUUGCUUUCCAAAAACUCAUCACAAACUUGGUUACUGGUAGCCCUAUCUAAGAGAGCUGUGGUUCUCUCUCACCUUCUGUCCCCUUUGGUACCUUCUGUUACCUCAUUUUGCUUAUUUUGCGUUGCAAAUUUGCUAAUGUUUAUGAAAGCCUAUUGGUUUUGUUAGAGUAAUAUUUGACGUGUUUCCUUUCAAAUCAUACUCCGUUGUAUUGUUUAACAUGUAGUUUUAAAUGUAUUAUAAAUAUCUGUAACCAAAUCAUUUGAAGGCUUGAUAAAUUUUUAACAAAAUUUGUACAUUUUUUAUGAGAGUUACUAGUAAUGCUUUUACUAAGUAGUGCAAUGAAUUUUUAUUUUUAAUCCCUGUGCCCAAUUUUGGAGUUGAGAGGGUUGUUCAGUAAUAAAUGUAUGAUGUACACUU